GGAAGCGCGACGCGGCGGGCUGAGUGGUUGCCACGGAAACCGAACGGCAGACGCCCGGGAGAAGACAUCCUGGGGGAAUAUUGCAAAAGAGAGGACACUGAGACAGGGAUUAGGCCAGUUUCCUAGUCCUUCUAUCACUUGAUAUUCUGGACAAGGUGUACAUCAUCAUGUUGAGUUGCCUCUUCUUUCUGAGAGCACUUCUUGUUCUUGGAUUCCUGACAAUCUGGGUGACUGCAAGAGAGUAUGUGAAAGAAGGAGAAUGCCCUGUUGAUAAAAACCCGUGUAAGGACUUGUGCCUGGGGGAUGAAUCAUGUCCAGCUGGACAGAAGUGCUGCAAUACAGGCUGUGGUCAAGUCUGCCGAGGAGGCAUUAUUCCCGGGGGGAAGAAAGGAAUUUGUCCCAGGAUUGUUCGGAAUCAAUCCUGCUUUAAGAGGUGCCUCACUGAUGAGAUGUGUCCAGGUGUAAAGAAAUGCUGUCCAUUUGGCUGCAGCAAGAGCUGUGUCAAUCCUAUCUCUAAACAGAAACCAGAGUUUGGUGGUGAAUGUCCUGAAGACCCUCUUCCAUGUGAGGAGCUCUGUGAUGGGGAUGAGUCCUGUCCCCAGGGGCAUAAAUGUUGCAGCACUGGCUGUGGUCAUGCCUGCCGUGGAGACAUUAAAGAAGGGCGGGCUGGUGAUUGUCCAAACAUUUUGGUGGGCCUGUGCAUUGUCAGCUGCAUUACGGAUGAGAGCUGCCGUUCUGGGGAAAAGUGCUGCAAAUCAGGCUGUGGACGAUUCUGUGCCCCAUCGGUGCUGCCCUCCAAACUGGUCAUUAACCGCAACUGGACCACUAGGCCAAAUUCCGAAUCAGGAAAAAAGGCCACCUGUGAGAGGAGACCCAGCACAUCUCAUUGUACAAACCACUGCUCACCUUUCCAGAAGUGUACCAAAGAAAACACCAUGUGCUGCUCAACCUUCUGUGGAAAUGUCUGUAUGGACAUCUUGUGAAUAAGAAAACAAGCUGUGCUAUUCAUCCAACUCCCCAAUCCCACUGUGUGUGCAAUACUGCCUGAAACGGGAAAAUGAAGUGCCUCAAAGCCUGAGCACAAGAAUAGCAGCAAGAAUGACACCCACAACAUGCUCUCAACUUCUUGUUUCUAUCAAAUAAACCAGCACAAACUC